AUGGCCAGUUCUAUUCAACCCUUGCUCAACCUUGACCCAGAGCACAUAUCAUGCAUCGGAGGACGAACGGUAGUUACAUGCAAGGGUUGCGCAGGGAACGCCCCGAGAGGAGCAAUCUGCCUCAGCUGCAACGGUCGCGGCUUCAACAUCUUCGUCUGUGCACAUUGCAACCCCGCAGCUGCAGCAGCCGCAGCCAGAGCAACCGCGAACCCCACAGCUGCAUCUGCAGAAACACCCGGCUCGUCGGCACCGUCAUCCCCGGCUCGCUAA